AUGGGCGGCGUCCCGUCCGUGCCCCAGGACAGGUCCCGGCGCAUCCAGGUCAUCGCGGCCGGCUACUCGCGCACCGGGACCACGUCCAUCUCCAUUGCCCUCGCGCGCCUGCUCGACGGGCCCGUCUUCCACGGGGGCAACCAAAUCUUCCAGCGCGAGGACGCGUGGAUGCGCGAGUGGUGCCGCAUGAUUGACGCCGACGGCCGCGACCCGCCCGCGAUGCUCGCCCGCCUGCGCCGCAUCACCGCCGGCUACGCGGCCAUUGCCGACGCCCCGGCCUACCUGCUGCUGCCCGAGCUGCUCGCGCUGUACCCGGACGCCAAGGUGGUGCUCGUCACGCGCGACCGCGCCCGCUGGUACCGCAGCAUGGCGCCCAUCAUGCGGAGCGUCGCCGUGCCCAUGCGCCUGCUCGCCGUGCUGCUCUGGCCGUGCCCGACCUGGCGCUGGCUGCCGGGAUACCUGGUCUGGGCCGGCAAGAGAGAGGAAAAGAGGAUCGGCUUGGAAUUCUCACCCGACAUGCUCGACAAGCACAACGACUGGGUCCGGCGCAACGUGCCCCCCGACCGCUUCUUCGAGAUGGACCUGGCCGAGGGCUGGCAGCCCCUCGCCGACUUCCUCGGCGUCCCCGCGCCUCCCGACGACGUGCCCUUUCCCCGCGCCAAUGACGCUGCCGAGGCGGAUGCCGUCACCCGGCGUGUGCUCCGCACUGCCGCGCUGGCGUGGGCCGGCAUCCUGGCGGCGGCGGCGGCGGCGGCCUGGCAGGCCCAUCGACUUUGGACGGCGCGGUAG